UCGUGUUUCCCUCUAAUCCUCUCCCUCUUCCUUCUAAUUUCCACCUCUUUUCGCUAUCUGAACCAAAUCAUACGGUUUCAUUGCAAUUAGUACUUUUGGUUUUUCCUUUUUCGUCUAUCGAUUAGAACAAAUACUACGUUGAAGUUAAAUCAUCAUCCCCAAUCAAGUGAGGGGUUUCUUUCAUUUGAGCUGUUGUGCUGAACCAUAAGCAUUUGUUGUGAUUGGAAAAUUUGAUUUUCGAAUGCUUUAGAGGGGCAAGAAAUGGACAUUGAUGAGAUCUUGGGGACAACCCAGAACGUGAGCCUGCCGAGAAAGAGCGCAAUUUAUGUUUGGGGUUAUAAUCAGUCGGGGCAGACGGGUCGAAAGGGGGAGGAUCAUCAAUUAAGGGUUCCUAGGCAGCUCCAUCCUGACCUUUUUGGAUGCCCAGCAGGAGCUAAUUCGCGAUGGCUAGACAUCGCUUGUGGUCGUGAGCAUACGGCUGCUGUGGCUUCUGAUGGCUCGCUUUUCACCUGGGGUGCAAAUGAUUUUGGUCAACUGGGCGAUGGAACAGAGGAAAAGAGCAAACAUCCAAAGAAAGUGAAGCAAUUGCAGACUGAAUUUGUGAAAUCUAUUUCCUGUGGAGCACAUUGUACUGCUGCUAUUGCAGAACCUCGUGAGAAUGAUGGCACCAUUUCGUCUAGUAGACUCUGGGUUUGGGGACAAAAUCAGGGAUCCAAUUUGCCGCGCUUAUUUUGGGGAGCCUUCACACCGAAAACAAUUAUUCGUCAAGUGUCCUGUGGGGCAGUUCACGUAGUGGCAUUAUCAGACGAUGGCGAACUGCAAGCUUGGGGCUACAAUGAGUAUGGUCAGCUAGGCAGGGGUGUUACUUCCGAAGGGCUACAAGGAGCUCGCAUUAUAAGUGCUUAUGCAAAGUUCCUUGAUGAGGCCCCUGAGCUUGUAAAGAUUACUAAGGUGUCAUGUGGGGAGUACCAUUCCGCAGCAAUAUCCGAGAACGGCGAGGUCUAUACUUGGGGACUAGGAAGUAUGGGUCAACUGGGUCAUUGUUCCCUUCAGUCUGUGGACAAAGAGUUGAUACCAAGGAGAGUUGUUGCUCUUGAUGGAAUAUGGAUAAAGGAUAUUGCAUGUGGAGGCGUUCACACGUGUGCUGUUACUCAAACGGGGUCUUUGUACGCAUGGGGUGGCGGCCGAGUUGGACAGUUAGGUCUCGGGCCCCAGACUGGGUUCUUUUCAUGUGUUGUGGGUGAAUCCGAGACGUUUCUUCGAAAUCUACCCGUAUUGGUUGUCCCAAACGGUGUGCAACAUGUUGCUUGUGGACAUUCACACACUCUUGUUUCAACGAAGGAUGGAAGAAUCCGUGGAUGGGGUUACAAUAUCUAUGGUCAGGCAGCUAACGAAAAGUCUACAUAUGCUUGGUAUCCAUCUCCUGUUGAUUGGUGUGUUGGAGAAGUGCGAAAACUAGCAGCCGGUGGCGGACAUUCAGCCGUCUUAACAGAUGCUUGUUCCUUGAAGGAGCUGUGUGAGUUUAGGCUUGCUGAUACUGUUAACUUGCAGAAUGCUUCUGAAAUAGAAGAUGUUGCUUCUAGGACGGGAUCAGAUGCUUUAGCACGCCUUUGUGGACGACUGAGGGAGUCUCUACUUGAUGGCCAUUUGGAAUCCGAAAAAGGCGAAACCAGUCAUGGAAGGAGGUGAAAAAGAGGAAGAGGAAGAAGUGGAUAGUCUGCUAAUAUUUUGUCAGUCGGUAUUCAUCUUUCGUUCUUCUCCCAUUAGGCUAGAAUAUCGAAACGAUAAAUCUAUGUAGUAUACCGUGUCGAUAAUGAACUGUUUUACUCUUUGGCAUGUGAUGAACAUUUGCCAAUCAUGAACUUGAUCUGUAUCAUUAAAUACUCAUUUGGUCACAUUGACCAUUUCUCUGGCCAGGGUUCACAUCCCAGCCAUAUUCAUAAUGGUGAACUUGUAUUAUGUUGUUUGUUGAAUAUAUAGUGAACUGAAGUUGGAUGGAUUCAGAUCUUUUGAUUGA